AAACGUCAGUGGCUCCCCCUAGCGGCCACGACUUAAAAAAUCCUUCACAUUUUUCUCUUAAAUAAAGCUCCGCCUCUGACUGUCGGCGAAGAUAAUCAGUGUGGAUCCGUGUCCGAGAUGAUUCUUCAACAAGGGGGUUAGAAAGCGAGCGUGAGACAGAUAAGAGAUCCCUAAGUGAGGGAGACAGAGAGAGACCGGACAUAGCUCGAGCUGCGAGCCGGGAGAGGCGAUGAUGGCGGCGGCCAUAGAGAGAGGAGGGGUCCGGGCCGCCUUCAUGAAUCCAGGCACGGGAGGCGUCGGUGUCGGUGGUCUCGCACCGGGGGUCGGGCUCGCGUCCCCCGGAGUCAUGACCGGAGCUGCAGCCUCGGGCUCUUCAGGUCCUGUUCCUGUUCCUAUGAACCUUUUUGCAACGUGGGAGAUCGACCGAUCAUCUCCGAGCUGCGUCCCGAGGCUGUGCAGCCUCACACUGAAGAAGCUGAUUGUUUUGAAGGAGCUGGACCGGGAACUCAACUCUGUGGUCAUCGCUGUCAAGAUUCAGGGGUCCAAACGUAUCUUGAGGUCUAAUGAGUACAUGCUCCCUCCCAGUGGCCUGAUGGAGACAGACCUGGAGCUCACGUUUUCCUUACAGUAUCCCCAUUUCCUGAAGAGAGAUGCUAACCGCUUGCAGAUCAUGCUCCAGAGAAGAAAGCGCUAUAAGAACCGGACCAUCCUAGGCUACAAGACGCUGGCUGUGGGCGUCAUCAAUAUGGCAGAGGUGAUGCAGCACCCGACAGACGGAGGACAGAUUCUGGGUCUCCAUAGCAACGUAAAGGAAGCCCCUGUACGUGCGGCCGAAUUAAGUGUGUAUUCUCUGUCCAGUCAGCCCAUUGACCCUGAGGACGGCAGCGGACAGCCGGGGGCAAAGGUGAAAGCUUCAGAUCGAUCUCCGGAUAUGGAUAACUAUUCAGAAGAUGACGACGACAGCUACUCGUCAGAGCAGGAGGCCAGCGACGAUGCUGUUCACACCCAAGACCUGUAUGAUGAGGAUGACGAUGUCCAGCGAAAACCAAAGAAAACACGACGGAAAAUGAUCCGAACUACCUCUAUAACUCGGCAACCUAAUUUCAAGCAGAAGUUUGUUGCCCUUUUGAAGAGGUUCAAAGUUUCAGAUGAGGUUCUUGACUCAGACCCAGUGGAUCAGACCCAAGAGGUGGAGGAGGAUCUGGACCUGCUCUAUGACAGCCUGGAGGUGUAUAACCAGAGUGACAGCGGCCCGGAGAUGGAGGACAACGACAGCGUACUCAGUACCCCUAAACCUAAGCUUAAGCCAUUCUUCGAGGGCAUGUCUCACUCCAGUUCCCAAACUGAAAUUGGAAGUUUGCACAGUCAGAAGAGUCAGCAUAGAGUACAGACUGCUGCUGUCGGAGACCUGCUAGCAGUGGAGAAGGACAGAGCAGCAGUUGGACGGUACCAAGAUGAGACAUCUGUAGUGGACACUAUAGCAGUGGAGGCGGCUGAGGAGGACGCAGGAGUGGGAGGAGCGCCAAGCCAACAUGAUGCCAACCUGAGCUGGGACAUGAGUGUGGAGAAACUGGCCAGCUCAGUGGGCAAAAUCUGCAAGACCGAGUCCCAGAAUAUGAUGUCACCUAGUAAAACGGACAGCAAGCUGCAGAGAAGACCGCGCAGCACCUCUAUGAAGGACAGACAGAGCUCGAAAGCUCAGAGCGACCGAACCAGUAGCAUCGACAGUGAAACUUCACCUGACUCCAGACUCAUUGUGCAGGUUCCCAGGAAGUCAGUGUAUGACCAGCUGAAUCAGAUCCUCAACUCAGAUGAGCAGCUGCCAGAAAGCAUCAUCCUCAUCAACACUACCGACUGGCAGGGCCAGUAUCUGAAUGAGAUCCUUCUUGAGCACAAGCAGCCCAUCGUCUCAACCAUCUCUGCUGCUGACGUGCAGGCGGCCUUCAACACCAUCGUCACCAGGAUCCAGAGAUUCUGUAACUGCAACGCACAGACGCCGCCCACUAUUAAGGUGGCCGUGGCAGGAGACCAGAGUUACCUGAGCACUGUGUUGAGGUGCUUCGUGGAGCAGCUCGCUAAUAAGACGCCUGAUUGGCUGAGCUACAUCCGCUUCCUGGUCAUUCCUGUUGGUUGCCAUCCUGUGGCAAAGUACAUCUCAUCUUUUGACAAUAAGUUCAGCAGCAUUUUCUUGGACGCUGGCUGGAGAGAUGUGUUUGGGAGGUUAGAGGCCCCAGCAUCAGACAACAUCGAUGUAGCCGGCCGAGUGUCUCAGUAUCUGUCAGGAGCAAACAUGUCUCAUCACUUCCCCAUCUCUGAGGCCAUGCUCACCUACAAACAGAAAAGGAAAAGAAGUUUGUAUUUUGAUUUUUACAUCAGCCCUGAUGAGGACUCAUGCCAGAAGUUUGUGCCAUUCAUUGGGUUGGUAAAAGUAGGCAUUGUUGAGCACAACUUGUCCACCUCAGUGGAUUCUGAUGAUGCCAACGUGAUGGGUAGUAUGAGCAUGCUGUCUUCACCUCCAGCCCAGACUGGAGCACCAUACGGGAAAGACAUGACGUGCACUCCUCCCUCCUCUCCCUCUGUCUCAGCUAGUCUGUCUGGAGCAGGUUCUCCAGGCUCAGGUGGAGAGGUGAUGGGACUGCAGGUGGAUUACUGGACUUGUCAGGGUGCAGAGAAGAAGAAGGACGGAGAGAAAAGAGACGUUGGGAUGAAGAACACGUUGAAGAGCAACUUCCGCUCCCUUCAGGUCUCACGCAUCCCCAGUGGAGGAGAGCUCACUCCACCUCAUGGCAUGGCCAUGACCGUCGUCAUGAAAGAGAAAAAUAAGAAAGUGAUUUUCCUCAGCAAGAAGCCGAAGGAAAAGGACAUGGACUCCAAGAGCCAGGUGAUCGAUGGGAUUAGUAGGCUGAUCUGCACAGCCAAACACCAACACACCAUGCUGAGAGUCUCUAUUGAUGGUGUGGAGUGGCACGAUGUGAAGUUUUUCCAGCUGGCCGCGCAGUGGCCCACCCAUGUCAAGCACUUCCCUGUUGGAAUCUUUGGCUACACCAAGUCCCUGUGACGAGCCUGUAACACUCUGGAACGUUCUCUGGUGCACGCCUCAUAAAGCAAAAGAGAGACUGUUUAAGGAAAAAGGGAGACUGAGACAUAAAAAAAAACCCAAAAUGUGGAUUUUCCUGUGGAAACGCUCUGAAGCCUGUGUCCCAAACUACAUGGAUGUUGUUGUUAUUAAUGUUCUGUUCCGUUCUUGGCUGUUGCACCAGCAAAGGAAGAAGGUUUGUAAAAAAAAAAAAAAAAAUCUAUAAAAAAAAUACAUGCUGCCAUUUUUGUAUACAUAUUGUGGUUAGAAUUUUGUAGCCACCAUGUAAUGGCAGCUUGGUUUUGCACUUUGUUUGGUUAGCAUUUUUAUUAUUUCAAUGAAAUCCUGUGGUCGUAUUUGUUCUGUGUACAAGGUGGUGUGCGUGGUGGUGGUGCGGAAGUGAGGGGGAUUGUACUUGGGGGGGCUGUUGGGGUAGAUGGGGGGUGGGGGGGUGGGAAGAGGUUUGCUCUUCAGAGUGAUUUAGAUCUUGCUGUGAAAUUUAAAGAGCUCUUCUUUUUAACGGCUCUUCUUUUCAAGAUUGUAGGUUGAAGUUAGGAGAAGGGACUCGUACCCGUUAAAGAAAUACUCCAGUGUUUUAUCUCCUGCAGUGUGCAGCAGGUGUGUGAGUACGACACAAAUGAACAUCCUUGUACAGAGAAAAUUGCUUAAACUUAUAUAUUUGUAAAUCACCUUGAAUGUGAAGCUAAAGGUGAUUUGUUGAAUUCCACGGAUACAAACCUAAAAGAUGUGGCUUCUAAUUAGGCAAAUUCAAAACUAGACCAUUUACGUUUUAACUUAUCAGCAACAACACAGUAAAUAUUCAUACAGGUUGCUCCUAAUUUCCCAAAAGCAUUAGGCCCAUACAGCUUAACCAGGCUUUUUAUACAGAUGAGGAACACUAUUAGCUCUAUAGAGCUUCUAAGGCUAAUUACACACAACUUUCUUCCCAGCUUUAUUUCUCUUCUCAUUUUUAUACACGUUUAACGGCAGGUCGUGUAUAAAGAGAACAAUAUAUGAUGUUCAUUUUACUGUGGCAAACAAUAAACGGGAAAUAAUGCAAGUAGGAAAUAUUGUUGUAAAUACGGAACUAAAGAAAUGUCACACCACAAAAACCAGACGAAUCAUUUUCGGCUAUUUGUUUAUCGAAAUUGUGGCACAUAGAUAGAAAAUUAAUGAUCGCUUUUUUAAAAUAAACGCUUUUAUUUUAUUUGCUCAGGACAGGGAAAGAUGUUCACAUUCUGGGUGUAGCAACAGCACAUACACUACAAUACAGUGGAUACAGAUUAGAUUAAAAACACUGGGGUGUUCAUUUAAUGCAGUGCGAAGCAUUACACAGUACUUAUACUCAAAAGCACAGUGAUCUGAAAGCAAAAAAAGGAAAAACUAUGACCUAGAUGCUGCUCUCACCCUGUCUAAGCUUUUAACAAAAAAGGGAAAGUCAGUUCUUUAAAGGGAGAUUUCAAAUUUGGCUUGUGACUGCAUGAUAUAGAUACCUCAGUUUGAGGAAGGUUUCAAUACGGAUCUCAGACCAAAAACUGUCACAACGCUACAAACACAUCGCAUCCGGAAAAUUGUGCUCUUUAUGCACGUCAUCGAUGCCAUCUCCGACUUAUGAGAUAAUAAAAUAAUCAGACAUAAUAUUAUCCUCGGAUGAAAAUGUGCACUAGGGCUUUAUUUAGUGUGCUUGCUCGAGUGAUAUUGUACACACAGGGUCAGUUGCGUCAGCUGUUGACUGCCAUUAAAGGGCUCGUGCUUAAAGAUAAUGAGUUGAGAGCAAGGUGCUCCAUGUUUUUACAGUAGAAUUGUGUUUUUUAUAUCCAUUCUCUCAAUAAUCCCUUUACACAUUUGUGUGUAUAUACAGUGUGUGUAUAUAUACUGUAUAUAUAUAUGUGUGUAUGUGUGUGUGUGUGUGCGUGCGUGUGAUUGAAAUUGAAGACAGGCCGAAAGUGAAUAGUUUGGAGAUCGGUGAAAUGGUUAACAACUUUUAAAAGGGUUCUGUGUGUGUGUGUGUGUGUGUGUGUGUGUGUGUGUGUGUGUGUGUGUGUGUGUGUGUGUGUGUGUGUUGCUGCACGUGUGUUUGGAGGUGAGAGGAACCAGGACAAAGUCUUCAGCAUAAUUUGUGGAUGAUUUGAGGCUGAGGGCAUUUGUGUAAGCAUUGCAGUGUUAUUCUCUAUAUUAUAUUUCUUUCUAUAUAUACCGAGUUGAGACUGGUACACUGUUACACUUAGAGGGGUUGUGUGUAGUCUCAUUGUCAAUUGUACAAAAACUGUCCAUACUUUGUCAUAGCUCUACAGUGCAUUUCAUCGGACGACUCGGCUUCGUUCGCGUGCAGUUACGAGGCUGAAUUUUGUUCGUCAGAUAUUUGGAUUUUUCUAAAGUUCUGUGUUGAAACACUACAAUGACGUAAGCUUGCCCUCAUUUAACAGCCAAGAGCGUUCAGUAAAAACACUAAUAUGCGGCCAGUCUGUUUGUCGAGAUAAAGAUCUGCAGACAUAUUUUGCACAAAUGUCAAUUUAAGUUAUAUGACAGUAUUCCUUUGCGGUAUACCACUGAGGCAAGCUUUGCUCUUUAUGUUCCCGUUCCGUAUGUGAACGUACGUAUUUUUGUUUCGUAUUGUUUUUACUCUGUUCAGUUGUCUUAAAAACUGUUGUGAAUACAGAAACAAUUUUAACCUUGCCUGCAUUAUUUUUAACUGUUAUUGUUAUUAACCUGUUGUUUUGUAUUACCCUUUUGAAGGAGUUGACCUCUUUUAUAGGAUAUUUUGUGUUCAAUUAAGGUUUUGAAGCAUUUCACAUGUAACUGAAUACAGGAAAAAAUGAACCAGUGUGUUCUGUUUUAUGAGUGCACAGACAAAUACUUUUGUUUUGCUUUUUUCUGUAUUUGAUAAAUACAUAACAUUGUGUAAAUUGAUGAAAUAAACGCUAAUGCUAAAA